AUGCAGGAGGGCGUGAGCCCCCCCGGGGAAGCCGAGAAGCCCCGAUGGUUGCUCCGGCGUCUCCGCGUCGGAAAGGGUCUCAUAAACGACCAUAAAAACGUGCACGGGGAUGCUCCGGUGCCGCUGCCCUCUGUGCCACGCUGGAGGAGCCCCCGGCAGCCCGUGUUUGGCCAGCGCGGAGCAUUUUCCGAUGGGUAUUCCCAACAAGCUCUCCGGGAUUUCCAGCCGCGCCAGGGAAACUCCUGGAGGAAAAAGUACUCGCUUGUGAACCGACCGCCUGUCACUGGUAGCAGCGACAGAAGCGCUGGCACUUCUCAGGGUUUCCUAAGUGCAGGGGACAGCCAGGAGCCCGAGCCGCGAGCGGCGUCUCCAGAAAGACACGUGGACUUGACCAGGGAUGGGAAUAUCGUGGUUGGGAUCCAGCUGCCGCAGAGGACCAGCCUGGCUGCAAAUGCCAAAACUUUUGCCCAAGUGAGCUCUCGCCGGGAGGUUUCUGAGUCGAAAAAGGUGGUAGCUGUUCCGGACAGUAAUAAAAACCUGCUGAAAUACCCGAGCUCUCCGUACAUGAGCCAGAAGGAUGAGAGGAGGCCCUCGUUCUCGGUUUCUUUUUGUCAGCCUGCAAGCUCAACACACCCCAAUGCGCCCAUUCUGCUGAGGACGGUGCAUCUGUCCAGCGGAGUGGCCCAGGCUGCCAGCGCUGCCUCCCAUGGGGCUGGGAGUGAGAGCGCUGUAACGCUCAAGUCAGAGCCGCAGCAGCCUCCGUCUGGGCCUACCCGCGAGCCGGGUCGCCGCUUAGUUUGGAAGAAGCCAGAGCCACCAAUUCCCAGACAAUCCAUCUCUGAGCAGGUCGGGGAUGCUGUCCAAGAGCCAAAGCCCCUCGAGGAUGCGGAGAUUCACCCUAGACCCUCCCUGGUUUUGGCAGCGGGGGCAAACCCAGCAAAGAGUCGGUUUUCGGUACUUGCCAAGGCGCCUGCUCUCCAAAGGACUGCCUCAGCAUCAGGCUCCAACAAAGCUCCGAAAUUCAGGAAAACCAACUACACAUGGGUUGCCAACCCUGGGGGAAAAUGUUCCCGCCCGGUGAAAAAGUGGAUGAGCCCUCGAGCUUCUGAUAGCGCGAGGAAACUCAUGGGUGGAACAGACAAAGCGGCGAAGCUGUUGCCGAAAGGAGAUUUGGGAGCAAAGCUGAAGAAGUCCGCGCUGCAGCCCAAACUGGGGGGCUCCCCCAAUAAAUAUAAGUGGAAAGCAUCCAGCCUGCAGACCUCCCCCUCCACCUCCAAGUCGGUGUUCAGGUGGCAAUCUGAGGACCAAAAAAAGUCUGGGGCCUCCAGUGUCCCUCAUGCCAGCUCUGUGCCGUCGCAUCCAAGCGACACGGCUGUUGGGGAGAAGUUCUCCGUGGGCGAUGCUUCCGUUUCUGGUUAUAAAGUGAAGAGUCGCACGAAAAUCAUCAAGAGAAGAGGAAGCUCGUGUUCCCUCGCAGAUAAGAAGAGCAGCUCCUCUCCUACCAUCCCUCAGAGAAGCCACUUCCUAGUCAGGAAAAAAAACCCCUCACGGGGGAAACCCUCUGUGACACCGAAACGCUCCUCGCCUCGCGGCCUCGUGCAUGUCACCAAGCACCGGCUGUGCAGGCUGCCGCCUGCCCGGACACCGGGCUCCUCCAAGGAAGGGACCAAUGUGCACUUUGUGCGGAGCCCCCCGGGCAGCAAGGUGAUCAAGACGCGCUACAGGAUAGUGAAGAAGAACGUGGCGUCUUCCGGGGGUGCCUUGUCCUCCUUCAACAGCCCUGUUCUCACUUGGAAGAUGAGGCGCUCUGCAACGUCCAGAUCGCCGGGAUUGAACCCAGCGCGCCCGUCACCAACGAGCAGCAAGUCGCCGCAGCUGCAGCAGCGCUGGCGGAGCAAGGGCUUGCGCUGCAUCGGGGGCGUCAUGUACAGGGUGUCAGCCAACAAACUCUCCAAGACCUGCAGCACCCCCGGCCGGAGCAGGGACCUGAGCACCAAGAGCCCCAGCAGAGCAGCGAGGUUGACCUCGACGCCCAGCAGUCCUGGCUACUCCCCAUCCAGCUACCUCAACAGAUCAGCCACGAGCCGCUACAUUGCCAGCCGUGCUGUUCAGCGGAGUUUGGCCAUCAUUCGUCAAGCCAAGCAGAAGAAAGAGAAGAAGAAGGAAUAUUGUAUGUACUACAACCGCUUUGGCAAGUGUAAUCGUGGAGACAGCUGCCCUUAUAUCCAUGAUCCAGAGAAAGUGGCUGUCUGCACCAGGUUUCUCCGUGGCACGUGCAAGAAGACAGACGGGACCUGCUCCUUCUCUCACAAAGUCUCCAAGGAGAAGAUGCCGGUGUGCUCGUACUUCUUGAAGGGGAUCUGCAGCAACAGCAACUGCCCCUACAGCCAUGUCUACGUGUCCCGCAAAGCCGAGGUGUGCCAGGAUUUCCUCAAAGGCUACUGCCCCAUGGGAGAAAAGUGCAAGAAGAAGCACACGCUGGUUUGCCCGGAUUUUGCCAAGAAGGGCAUCUGCCCCAAGGGUGCCCAGUGCAAGCUGCGGCACCCAGAGCAGAAGCGGCGCCCACGGCUGCCGGGCGCUGCCGGUGAUGCCGACCGCGGCCACCCGCCAUCCAAGUGGCGGCGGCUCGGUGGAGAAACAGGCAGGAACACUGCCACGCAGUUCCCUGAGGACAGGGCAAGGCCGGGACCCUCCGGCGAGGAGCUUGAGGCGACGCUUCGGCGGGACAUGGACCCGGUGCGGAGCAGUGGGCUCCCCAAGCUGCCCUCCUUCAUCUCGCUGCAGUCGCCCUCCUCCCCCGGGGACGGAGUGCGCAGAGCCGAAGCUGGCGAUGACGACGAGCCCAUCGAGGAGCCAGGUAGGACACGGGCGCAGGUGAAGAUGCUCGAAGUGGCCGCAUCUGAGGACAAACCUCGUCUGAUGGGAAAAUCUAACGGUGCCACCUGA